AGACCUCAAUAUCACACCAAUCUCUCAAGCUGCAUCCCCCAUGGUUUGAUUUUCAUAUAUUUGAGUGUGAUAGUAGGCUAUUCCCCUGAGAUGGUAUUCCUAUGAGAUCCCAAGUCACGGUUUAUCUGCUGUUACAACUGCGAUUUAAAAGGUUAAGAGAACAACCUUAAGUAAAUGCAGUCAACAUCAUUUACCGUAUAUCACCUGUCUUCUUGAAACUUGAAAGUGAAAGCUACUGAUGUUGAAUUACAAGUUCAAAGGGCUAAGCGCCGACUCACGGCGGAACAUUUCCGCACAGCGUUCAAGGGAGAGCACACCUGCCUCCCGUGAUCAUAUCAUCGUCCCCCCGGGUGAGUGUGAAGAAGUAGGCUGACUGUACAAGACAGUGAAGAUAGAGAGCAACACGAUGACAACCCAACAGCAGGAAGGAGAAAAGCGAUAUGACCCCGGAGACACCACGCUCAAGUUCGUCAACAGACACGAUUUAGAUCCCCUAGAUGAUGACACUGAGACUCUGAAGGCAGAAAUGUCUUGUGGUCAUGCGGUAACUCCGGAGUCACUGACCAGAUGGUGUCGCAGCCUACUGGACCAGAGUCAGUUCCAAUUUUUGUGCCCUGCACUUAAGGAUGGCACCUCUGUGAAGUGUGGUACUGAGUGGUCUUACCAGGAGGUACGUCGGCUGGCUGUUCUGACCACUGAGGAGAUGGAGCACUUUGAGAAGACCUUGGCAGCUUUGGCUGCUGCCAGAUACUGCGAAUACAAAUCAUGCCCUGUCUGCGAAACCUUUGUAGAGAGAAAGGCCCUCUCCAACCUCAGUGUCCUCUGCACAGUGUGCACUGCAGACAAAGGUCAGAGGUAUGAGUUCUGCUGGCAGUGCCUGAAGCAGUGGAAAGGUCCCGCGCCACGCUCUGACCGCUGUGACAAUGAUGGCUGUAUCAACCAGGACCUGGAACUGCUGAAGAACUGCGAAACCACGUCUCUCCCUCAGGUGGCAGGUGUCACCGACUGCCCUUCCAUUCGCGCCUGUCCCACCUGUGGCCAACGGGUAGAGCACGACAAGACUGGUUGUAAGAAUAUUCUCUGUCCAAGGUGCAAUAAAGAGUUCUGCUUCGUGUGCCUUAAGCUCACGAAGGAGUGCUUGGGGACCAGCUCAUAUUUCAAAGCCUGCACUGAGGGAGUGGCUCCUCGGCAGACCUCUAUACCCACAUGGAAAAGAAACUCAAAUGAAAGAUACCUCUCAUUCACUGCAUACUGUAAACUCUGCUUACAUUGUCUCCAACAGAACACGUAGGUAGAAAUCUUGCUCCACUUACACAUAUCUCUUCUCUGUGUUUUCUUUGUCUGUCUUAAUUAUAGCUACCUUCUCCAUAUAUUGUACAAUGAGAGUUUGUGUGCAGUACUUCACGUGAAGUAUAAUGUUUUUUUUACCAACUUAUAUUAUAAUCUUGGGUAUUAUACAAAGCGAGUUUCAUAGUGUGUAGAUUCAGUGCUUUAUGCUCAUUAUGGUUUCUUUAUCAUUGCAUUAUUGUCAUGUUGCUUAUGUGCAUCAUUAUGUAAUGUAAUAAACGACUGACAAAAGUAA